AUGAAGUUCUCAAUGUCUAGUCUCCUCAUGGGCCUCGCCGCCAUCUCUUCUGUGGCCGCCUCCCCCAUGCCCAUUGCUGAGGUCUCCGUGGCCAACCAAGAAGUACCCCGGGACGCUGCUGCCUUCAUCCCUCGGGAUAACUUCGAGGAGCCCGAGGCCGUCGAGACCAGGGACCUCGCCCUGACCACCGACCUCGAGGCCCCCUCUACUGGCCUGAGCAAGCGCGCCAUGAACUCCAAGUUCAAGAUCCACGUCGUCAACGCCGCCGCCCGGGUUCUCGGCAUCAUCAUCAUUGACUACACCAUCAACCUGCUACCCGGCAGCCACGAGAGCAUCACGGCCAACUUUGACAAGCUCACCAACGUCCGCACUAAUGGUCCCGUCGUCGCUACCCACUUCGAAGGCGGCGCGAACCCGCUGGCUGCGGCGCAGAACGCCGUCUUUGACUUUGCUACGAGCAUGGUUUCUGGUGUCAUUGAUCUUACUCUCAAUGCGGCUGGUGUGGCUACUGGUAUUGCUUCGUCUACUGGGAUUCACCUUGGCGGCACCGUCGUGGCGAAGACGCUCCAUGUCUUCAACGAGAAUAAUGCCAAGAUCGGCUCCAUCAACCUUUAA